CAGCCCACGCCUCCCUCUGCGGACACGCGCACCGCGGCUGGUCACGUGCUGCGCUGAGCUGAAUAUUUGAGGCUCGAGCGUCCAUUUUGAGGGAGAGAGGUUUCUGGAAGGGUUUUUUUUUAAGAAAAAGCUAUGGGUGAUCAAGGAGAACCUCAAGUUCAGUUCAAGCUUGUACUUGUUGGAGAUGGUGGUACUGGGAAAACAACUUUCGUUAAGCGCCAUAUGACUGGCGAGUUUGAAAAGAAGUAUGUAGCAACAUUGGGUGUUGAAGUUCACCCACUUAUGUUCCAUACUAACAGAGGCCCCAUUAGAUUUAAUGUUUGGGAUACUGCUGGUCAGGAGAAAUUUGGUGGUCUUCGUGAUGGUUAUUACAUUCAAGCUCAAUGUGCCAUUAUUAUGUUUGAUGUAACCUCACGAGUGACGUACAAGAAUGUGCCUAAUUGGCAUAGAGACUUGGUGAGAGUGUGUGAAAACAUCCCCAUUGUGUUGUGUGGCAACAAAGUUGAUAUUAAAGACAGAAAAGUGAAGGCAAAAUCUAUUGUCUUCCACAGGAAGAAAAAUCUUCAGUACUAUGACAUUUCUGCCAAAAGCAACUACAACUUUGAGAAGCCAUUUCUGUGGCUUGCCAGGAAGCUGAUUGGAGAUCCCAAUUUGGAAUUUGUUGCUAUGCCAGCUUUGGCACCACCAGAGGUUCAAAUGGACCCUGCAUUAGCAGCACAAUAUGAGGAAGACCUGAAGGUUGCUCAAGGCACUGCUUUGCCAGAUGAAGAUGAUGACCUGUGAUUUAAUGGCUGGAGUCAAGCACCAGCAGCCUAGUUUUAUAGGCAGCUGUCCUGUGAUGCAGCGUGUUUGCCAGUUAAUUAGCUGAACAGAACUUAACUGCUUAUAAUCUUUAAAUCUUUAGGGGGCUAAAGGAGUUGUAAUUGGGAGUGAAUGGUGUGCAGUAUGACAAUUUCCUUCACACUUGGACCUGUGUACUUGAUACUAAAACUGUAUUGAUAGACUGCAACAUUGGCGUGUAUGCAUAAUUUAAUUUAUGAUACAGGUAGAAUCACAAUAUACAUCGUUACAAGUUGUAUGUUAAUGUCAUUCCUACUCUUUUUUUGUUAACUUUUUUGUUUGGAUCAUAAAGUUGUGAUCUUAAUAAAGUUAUAUUCCAAAUAACUAUAUGAAUUGUGGUAAAAUACUGAGCAUUCCUUUCAAAAUUCACUUUUGUUGCUAGUAUUCAGUCUGCCAUCUGUGGAAUUAAGUCUUGAAUCCCACUGCUGGUUGGCUGAUGGAUUUGAAUUUAUAUUGCAUUUAGCUGCAUAGGUUCAGGAAUUUGGAAACAUCAUGCCCCAGUUGCUCUUUCUUUGUGGAACCUUUUUUGAUGGCUUGUACACUUGUAAUACUUGCAUUGUAACUGCAGUGACUGUACAUGACUGUCUCUUUGAAGUUUUUUUCCUCUUGCUUGGGAAGAACUGACUGUUCUACUGUCAUUUGAGUGAUAUUAAUAGAACCUGAGGUAAAAUAAAUGUUCCCAGUGCUGGGGACACUAGUUCACAA